AUGAGCAAACUGUCGUUCCGGGCCCGGGCGCUGGACGCGUCCAAGCCGCUGCCCGUCUUCCGCUGCGAGGACCUGCCCGACUUGGCCGAAUAUGCCUCCAUUAACCGGGCCGUGCCGCAGAUGCCCACGGGCAUGGAGAAGGAAGAGGAGUCGGAACAUCAUCUCCAACGGGCUAUCUCAGCACAACAAGUAUAUGGAGAGAAGAGGGAUAACAUGGUUAUACCGGUUCCAGAAGCAGAAAGUAAUAUUGCAUACUAUGAAUCUAUAUAUCCUGGAGAAUUUAAAAUGCCAAAGCAGCUGAUUCACAUACAGCCUUUUAGUUUGGAUGCUGAGCAGCCGGAUUAUGACUUGGAUUCGGAAGAUGAGAUCUUUGUGAAUAAAUUGAAGAAAAGAAUGGACAUCUCUCCUUUGCAAUUUGAGGAGAUGAUAGACAGACUAGAAAAGGGCAGUGGUCAGCAGCCAGUCAGCCUGCAAGAGGCCAAGCUGUUGCUGAAGGAAGAUGAUGAAUUGAUCAGAGAAGUGUAUGAGUACUGGAUUAAAAAGAGGAAAAACUGUCGAGGUCCCUCUCUUAUCCCAGCAGUAAAACAAGAGAAGCGAGAUGGUUCCAGCACAAAUGACCCUUAUGUUGCUUUUAGAAGACGAACAGAAAAGAUGCAGACACGAAAAAAUCGAAAAAAUGAUGAAGCAUCUUAUGAGAAGAUGCUUAAGCUGCGUCGAGAUCUGAGUCGUGCAGUAACCAUCCUGGAGAUGAUAAAGAGAAGGGAAAAAAGCAAGAGAGAGUUGCUGCAUUUAACACUGGAAAUUAUGGAAAAGAGGUAUAAUUUGGGUGACUACAGUGGAGAGAUCAUGUCUGAGGUCAUGGCACAGCGGCAGCCAAUUAAACCUACCUAUGCUAUUCCCAUCAUUCCUGUGACUAACAGCAGUCCUUUUAAACACCAAGAAGCUAUGGAACUGAAAGAAUUUAAAGUGAAACAAGAUAAACCUGAUGUUAUUAGACCCAAAAGAAAGUAUGAGAAGAAGCCAAAAGUCUUACCUUCGUCUGCUGCUGCUACUCCUCAACAGUCAAGUCCUGCUGCACUGCCAGUCUUUAACGCUAAAGAUUUGAAUCAGUAUGAUUUUCCUAGCUCAGAUGAAGAACCUCUCUCCCAGGUUUUGUCUGGUUCUUCGGAGGCUGAGGAAGAAAAUGAUCCCGAUGGUCCGUUCGCCUUCCGUAGGAAAGCAGGCUGUCAGUACUAUGCUCCUCAUUUAGACCAACCUGGCAACUGGCCAUGGAGUAGCCCUAAAGAGGGAAGAUUAGGAGAUGUGCGUUACAGAUACUGCUUAACCACCCUCACUGUACCCCAGAGGUGUAUUGGGUUUGCACGAAGACGGGUCGGCCGUGGUGGAAGGGUGCUACUAGACAGAGCGCAUUCGGACUAUGAUAAUACAUUUCAUCAGCUGGAUUUGGAAAUGUUUUCCUCAUCACAACACUCUUCAAUCAGUCAAUUUGCCAAUACCUCAGAAACAAAUACCUCGGACAAAUCUUUUUCAAAAGACCUCAGUCAGAUACUAGUCAAUAUCAAAUCAUGUAGAUGGCGACAUUUUAGGCCUCGGACACCAUCCCUACAUGACAGUGACAAUGAUGAACUCUCCUGUAGGAAGUUAUACAGGGGCAUAAAUCGAACAGGCACAGCACAACCCGGGACCCAGACAUGCAGUACCUCUAUACAAAGUAAAAGUAGCAGUGGUUCAGCACAUUUUGAAAGUGAAACAUCUUUGGGCCUGGUGCAUCAAAUACUAAAUCACACUGAUGGCUCUAAGUCUCUCCAAUCUUCUGAAUUCACUGCAUUUACAGCCGAACAAUACCAGCAACAUCAACAGCAACUGGCACUAAUGCAGAAACAGCAGCUUGCACAAAUUCAUCAACAGCAAGCAAAUAGUAAUUCCUCUGCCAACACAUCACAGAACCUUGAAACUAACCAACAGGAAAGUGGCUUUCGCCUGAAUCUACAUCAUAGCCAUUCUGUAAAGUGUUUAGAAGGGACACUGCAGGGUUUUAUUUCCAAGACACUGGAUUCUGUUAGUGCUCAAUUUGCUGCUUCAGCUUUGGUUACAUCAGAACAACUGAUGGGAUUCAAAAUGAAGGAUGAUGUAGUGCUUGGAAUUGGGGUGAAUGGCAUUCUUCAAGCCUCAGGAGUGUACAAGGGCUUACAUCUCAGUAAUACUACACCUACAGCACUUGUCCAUACAAGUUCAUCAUCAACAGCAGGUUCAGCCUUGUUACAGCCUUCAAAUAUAACGCAGACUUCAAGUUCCCACAGUGCACUGAGUCAUCAAGUAACUGCUGCCAAUUCUGCAACAACUCAGGUUCUGAUUGGGAACAACAUUCGAUUAACUGUACCCUCAUCAGUUGCCACUGUAAACUCUAUUACCACACUCAAUGCACGACAUAUACCUAGGACUUUAAGUGCUGUUCCAUCAUCUGCCUUAAAGCUGGCUGCAGCAACAAAUUGUCAGGUGCCCAAGGUUCCAGCUUCGUCCUCUGUGGAUGCAGUACCAAGGGAAAACCAUGAAACGGAGAAGCCAGCACUGAACAAUAUAGCGGACAAUACAGUAGCAAUGGAGGUGACGUAGUUUCCGCAGGAGUGAAACUGCAGCCUUGGGAACUUGUUUAGGUGCUAUGCAUCAGUAGCAUUUUGAAUGCAAGGGAUGAUGGAAUGCCGCACAUUGCGUUUCCAUGGCAGCUGUGGGGACUUGACAGCAAUGCACAUCUCUCAUGCUUUGGUUUUUCUUUUCUUACUGUUAAUAGGAAAGAAUCAACAUCUGUAAAUUAACAAUACAGCAAUUAUCUGUACAGUACUGCAUAUUUGUAAUACCCUUGUAUAUAUGUUACUUGAAUACAAAACUGUUCAUUUGUGAUGCUUUGCA